AUCAUCCUCCCCCACGCCUCUCGUCCAGGGAUAAAUCAGCGACCGCAGCGCGAACUCCCCCACUUCGCACCACCAUGGUCUCCCAGGCUGUCGUUAAUGCGUUCGCCGUCGUCGGUGCCGUGCUCUCACUCCCCCUGGCCCUCCGCUUCCUGAGCUUCAUAUGGCUCUACUUCCUCCGCCCGAACAUGGUCCAUCGAUACGUCCAUGGGGGGUACCCGUACGCAGUCAUCACAGGUGCGACGGACGGUAUUGGACGUGCGGUAGCAUCGGAGCUGUAUACGCGCGGCUUCAAUCUCAUUCUGCAUGGGCGCAAUGAGAAGAAGAUGGAGAAGGUCCGGCAGGAGCUGCUGCAUCUCCGGGAUCCCAGCGCUCAGGGGGUCGUCAAAUACUUUAUCGCGGACGCCACGAAGCCCGGACACGACUUUGAGAAGUUGCUCGAGCCGUUCAAGAACUUGAACAUUACGCUCGUGAUCCAUAACGUUGGUGGCUCAGGUGGCGUGCAGGCGGAAAAGCUCGACGAGCGCCCCGAAGAAUACAUCCACAACCUCGUGCGCUGGAACGCGCUCUUCCCGCUCCUCCUCACGCGCGUGCUCCUCCCGCAGCUGCGCCGCUCGGCCAAGCACGGGCCCGUGCUCGUGCAGUUCGUCGGCUCGCUCGCCAGCGACAUCUCCCCGCCGCGGCUCUCGAUCUACGCGGCGUCGAAGCGGUUCCUGGAGGCGCUCGUGCGCGGGCUGGACAACGACGAGCAGAACUUCGAGGAGCCGACGGGCGUGUGCUUCACGUACCUCGCGGUGGGCCCGGUGAACUCGGCGUCGAUGCCGCAGAAGCCGAGCCUGAACACGCCGACGAGCGAGCAGUUCGCGCGCGCGAUCGUGAGGAGGACUGGGUGUGGAAGGAGGCGGGUCGCGCCGUAUUGGAUGCACUCGGUGUCGACGUUUGUGGUGGGGGGGCUUGGCGAGCGCACGGUGGACUAUUAUACUGCGCAGGAGAUGAAGACGUUGAUUGGUGUGUACGCAAAGGGCGAGUGAGCUCUCUGGGUAUCAUUUGCUCAGGUUGUUCACCAAACAUGUUGUAAGACUGGAAUAUAUGGUUGCGUUUCCGAUGUU